AUGAAAAUAUUUAUAUUUAUACUUUUUUUCCACAAUUAUAUUUUAAAUUGUAUCUUAUUUUUUUAUGUUUUAUUUAAUGGAGCGCAAGAGAGUGAUGGAGUAUGUGUUAAUGAUGAUAAAUCAUUCAUAUAA